UUUAGUAUAUUAAAAAAAUAGUUGCAAAUGCAGCAUUUACAUUUUUUUGUUAGGUUUCUGUGUUAUUCUAUUUUACCUUAUUCCAGUUGUGUCAGUUAACGAAAACAAUUUAAUGGCUUGAUAGAAAUCCCAGUCGGUUUACAUUAAGGUUAAAGGUUGCAUGUAUAAAUGUAGCCAGUGUCUGCUAAACACAUGCAUGCAAAAGUGUAACCCUAAAAUACUAGUUUGAUUUUGAGACAGAACCAGUUUAAUUGACGCUUCUGUCCUGUUGGUUCAUUUAUCACCAGUAGAGGGACCAAACCCUGCUCUCUCUGUCUCUCUCUCUCUCUCUCUCUCUCUCUCUCUCUCUCUCUCUCUCCUGUGAGAUGCUGUUACUGGACCACAGACGCUCCUCUUCUCUCCUCCUCUAACAGACGGAGCACAUGCUCUCUCGCUCCGCUCUGCAUCUGUGCUGGAUUAUCGUGUUGGAGUAUCUCAGUGGAGAAGGAGACCCUCAUCCGGACUCCUGACUGCAGCUGGAUGGGAAAAGCGCUGGAGCAGCUCCAGAUGUUCCCACACUACACCUGCUACUUUCCACCCUGCGCUCACAGCAAGCCAUAUGCCCCACCCCCUCAGCCGAUGGCCCCGCCCAGUCCAGGAAGCAGCAGUUGUAGUCACAGUGGAUUGGAUCAACUCAGUAAAACCAACCUGUACAUACGAGGACUUCCACCUGGGACCACAGACCAGGACCUCAUCAAACUCUGCCAACCAUAUGGGAAAAUUGUGUCUACUAAGGCCAUCCUGGACAAGAACACAAACCAGUGCAAAGGUUAUGGUUUUGUGGACUUUGACUGUCCGUCAGCAGCACAGAAGGCUGUUUCAUCUCUGAAGACCACCGGGGUGCAGGCGCAGAUGGCAAAGCAGCAGGAGCAGGACCCCACUAACCUGUACCUGUCUAAUCUGCCCGUCUCUGUGGAUGAACAGGAGCUGGAGGCGCAGCUCAGACCCUUCGGUCAUGUGAUCUCCACACGGAUAUUACGGGACGCCAGCGGCAUGAGCAGAGGUGUCGGCUUCGCUAGGAUGGAGUCCACAGAGAAAUGUGAAGUUGUCAUACAGCAUUUCAAUGGAAAAUAUCUCAAAGCUCCAGCAGGAAUCCCAGGUCCGUCUGAACCGCUGCUGUGCAAGUUUGCUGACGGCGGUCAGAAGAAAAGACAAACUCAGAGUAAAUAUCCACAGAACGGCCGAGCAUGGAGAGAAGGAGAGAUGGGAAUGACACUCGCAUAUGACCCUGCCAUCAUGCAGAAUGGGUUCUACUCUCCUCCGUACAGUAUCACUGCUAACCGGAUGAUCUCGCAAGCAUCCAUCACUCCAUUCAUCACUGCUUCACCCGUCUCUGCAUAUCAGAUUCAGAGCACAGCGUGGAUUCCUCCGCAGCAGUUUGUGAUGCAGCCCACAGGAGCUCUAGAUCACAGCGCAGCGGCCGUAAUGACUCCACUAACACAACAGAUGAGUCAGAUCACACUGGGAUCUCCUGCUAAUUACAUCACGGCUCCGGCUCCUGUGGCCCCUGUGCAGGGAACAUUCAUCCAUCAGUUAACGUCAGCGCUUCCUGUAGAAGGUGUAGUAACAGACGUUCCUCUCCAGACGGUGGCUCCCUCGUCACAGGACAUGCAUUUAACACAGCAACAGAUCCCUGUGGAAACUAGUGACUGUAUUCAACCCUGCCCAGUCAACCAGUCCAAAUAGCAUCCUGAAGAGGUGGAUGUACGUCAGCGUUGUCUUCUGAUGGAGAUCUGACGGUCUGCACUGUACACACUCACUCAUUAUGAACUUCCAGGUGACAUCUGCACCAAAAACACUGACUUGACUUCGUUAUCUCCCUCCUGGACUGAAGGACUCUUCACGAGCUGAUCAGCUUUAUUUCUCUGUUGUUUUUUAUGUCUGUUGGACUGAAUCUUCUUCAGAGAGUUCAUAAAUAUGAAAACACUGUGUGGAUAUAUAAAUGAUCAGAAGAGCACGGAUUAUCUUCCUCCGAUAUUAAGCUUUCACAUUUUCUUCUGUCAAAUGUUGGUUUUACAGGAAUUUACAUAAAUCUCAGUUGCCUUAAUUUUGAAUACAUCUGAAUUUUGUUUAAUAUCUGGUUCUACAUCAUGACGGGACUGAAUCCUGAUAUCACCUCUUCUUCUCCUGAAGAAAAGUAAAUAUAUUUUUCCUGAAUGGAUUGCAUUUUACAGAACAUUAAUUUUCACUAAGAGGGAAAUACAGUACAGCAGUUUGCUGCAAUUUUUUUAUUUUUAUAUAGACGGUUUCAUCGGGAGCACGCGCCUGGACCUAAGUUAACUUCCGGUCUGUGUUGUGUAUAUCGGUCUGGCUGCAGUGCCAUCUAC